GCUAACUUAGGAAAUUGUUUUAUUGUUUUUUACAUUUAAUUUGUAUAUUAUUUCAGUUUUCUCAUUAUUCAGUGGUAUAUUGAACUUUAUAGUUUUAAAUUUAUUUGUGGUAUCUAAUAAAAAUCUUGGAACAUUUUCCGUAUAUUGAGUCUUGUAAUUUUUUUCUGUUUUGCUCUGUGCUUUUUUUGGCAGUUUGUAUAGAAUUUAGUUACUAUUUCUAGCUUUUGAAAGAAUUCCAUUUUAUCUCACUGUUUUACAAUGAGGGCUCUUUUUACUGGCGAUUCCAUGAUCAAAUACUUGCAUAAAUAUAUAUCUGUUGAAUCACUUGACUUUCAUUUGGACAUUGUUUCCUAUCCUGGUGCAAUUAUUGAAAGAUUAGCUAGUAAUAUUUCUGUACACAAAAAUUAUGAUUGGGUCUUAGUGUAUGCUGGCACAAAUAAUGCAUCUUUAGAUACUAUUGAAGUAAUACUUAAAAAAUAUAGAGCUUUGGCCACUGAGGUAUUACUUCAUAACCCAGCUGCAAGAAUAAUUUUCUCGAGUAUUGUUCCAAGAGAUUUUUAUUUCUACAGAAAGGAGUAUAAGGAAUCAGAGUAUUAUUUACAGACACUAAACUAUAAGAUUCGAGCCAUAAACUGUGCACUCAAAGAACUGCGUUAUUUUCAAACGUUUCUCUUUUGCAGUUCUUACCAGCCAUCUUGGAAAAAUUAUCUUGCAAGAGAUUUCUUGCAUUUAAAUAAAUGGGGUAAUGAGCUGCUUGCAGGUUGUUUUCUUGAAUCCUUAACAGGAUGCAUUUCAGCAGAUAUAGCAUCUAAAAAGAUUGUAAAGAUUCAGUCUUCCAACUCUGGUUUUUCUUUUGAUGAUGCAGAGUUUCCUCUAUUGUCAUCUUUUCACACAGCAUUUGUUUCUUCUGCUUGGCCAAAGAAAGAGUCUGCCAGGCCAGUUUCUAGGCCCAUGCAACCUGCUAGGUCAAAGCAAGAGUCUGCCAGGCCAGUUUCUAGGCCCAUGCAACCUGCUAGGUCAAAGCAAGAGUCUGCCAGGCCAAUUUCUAGGCCCGUGCAAACUUCUCUUCAAGCAAGUGUCUGCCAGGCCAGUUUCUAGGCCCGUGCAACCUUCUCGGCCAAAGCAAGAGUCUGCCAAGCCAGUUUCUAGGCCCGUGCAACCUUCUCGGCCAAAGAAAGAAUCUACAAGGCUAAUUUCUACACCCAUACAACAGUCAGCUGCUCUGCUCUCGAAAGAUAUUUCUUCUCUGCCAUCUUCUAAAGAUAAUACUCAAUUUGUACUUCCUGUGAUCCCGUGCAUUCCAUUCUAUCAGUUUAGUGAAAAUGUUUUUAGUAGUAUUCCCACAUCAAAUAAAUUUUCAGUUUUGGCAA